AUGGUAACCAUGCAGCCCGACGCCCUCUCCGUGGUGAACCAGCUGAGGGAUCUCGCCGCCGACCCGAUGAACCGGCGAGCGAUCGUCCAGGACCAGGGCUGCCUGCCGGGUCUCAUCCUGUUCCUGGACCACCCCAACCCUCAGGUGGUCUACUCCGCUCUGCUGGCGGUGCGUUACCUGGCGGAGUGCAGAGCCAAUCAGGAGAAGCUGAAGGGCGAGCUGGGGAUGAUGCUGAGUCUGCAGAACGUCGUCCAGAAGUCGACCACCCCGGGGGAGACUAAGCUGCUGGCCUCAGAGAUCUACGAGCUGCUGCAGGCGUCCGGCGCCGCCGACGCCGAGCCGGCCGACGAGUCGCAGAGCGGACGAAGGAAAGCUCAGUUCUUCCUCGGCUCGAGCAACAAGAGAGCGAAGACGGUGGUGCUGCACAUCAACGGGCUGGACGACUCUGGCCGCCGGAGUCUGUGUGAAGAAGCUCUGCUGAAGAUCCGAGGAGUGAUCAGCUUCACCUUCCAGAUGGCUGUGAAGAGAUGCAUCGUUAGGAUCCGCUCAGACCUGAAGGCCGAGGCUUUGGCGUGUGCGAUCGCAUCUACGGAGGUGAUGACGGCUCAGCAGGUGGUGAAAGGAGAGAACGGAGACGAGGUGUUGAUCCCGUUCUCGGAGGACGGCUCCGUGUCGGUGGAGCAGAACGUGGACCUGCCGGACUACCUGCCCGAAGACGAGAGUCCGUCUCAGGAUCCGGACAAGGCGGUGACCCGGGUGGGAACGGGCGGAGACGGAGCCACCUGGCUGGGCGCCGCCGCCAACUUCCUGUCCCGCUCCUUCUACUGGUGACCCUGCAGGGC